AUGAUACCAGAGCAAAAGCAAGCUUAUCCUGAUCAUCAUCGGCGACGACGUGACAUCAAUGAUGAUAAUGGCAACAAUGCUAGCCCAAGCACAAUGAGGAGCACAGUCUCAGCAUCACCCCCGUCAAAACGCUCGAAAAUGUCACGCGCAGUGACCAAGGCACGUCGCGGAACCUGUCAACCGGGACAAAAAUUUUACUCCAACAAAUUGUCGAGUUCAUGGGUGAAUGGAUCUAUCCAAGCACGAUCAACCCACACAGCAACACGAGCAUUGUUGUCUACUAUCUUGGACGGCGGCGACAGGCCCCGGUUUUAUAUUGUUGCAGCAGACAUGCCGGACCAACCAAUCAUUGCCAACUCGGCCACGGGUCCUUGGACGGUGGUGAUCCGUCGCAGUAACGAAAACCCGUUACCGCGAACAUUCCAAUUCUGCCAGUGGGCCGAAUUAUUAUGGCCUCAAGCAUCCAACUAUUGCUAA